AUGGGUCUGUUCGCCGACGACCACCCUUAUUCUGCCAUUACGCAAUGGAUUGAGCGAUUGACUGCCGAGACGUACGAGGAAGAUGACUUGAGCGGCUUGCCGGACUUGAUCGAGGUGAUCCGGCUUCAGGAUACGGGACCUCGUGAAGCUGCGCGUGCGAUCAGGAAGAAGCUGAAGUAUGGUAACUUACACCGUCAGUUGCGAGCUUUGACUAUUCUCAAUGCUCUGAUCGAAAACGCCGGAAAGCGCUUCCAACAUUCCUUCGCCGACGAACCCCUCCUCGAACGCCUCCGCAUCAUGGCAUCAGACUCCUACACCGAUCGCGACGUGAAGAAGAAGUUGACGCUCUAUUUCUUGAGCUGGCACAAGGAGUACGAGAAUGAGCCGAGGAUGAGGGGGAUUGCGAAUUUGUAUAAGGAUUUGCCGAAGAAGCCAAGAGCGCAGCCGGUGGUUAGGCCGCCGAGUCCGCAUGAUGAGGAUCAGGAGGGAGAUGAGCAGCAUCGUCCGGGGCCUUCGAGUCCGCCGCCGAGGCCGGUGAGGACGAGCGCACCGAGUAGUCCGAGGAUGGAUACGUACCAGGGUUCUGCGAGUGUCAGUAUCUUCGGGCACAAGAAAGACAAAAACAAGGAUAAGCCAUUCAAUUUGGAGAAGGAGCGUCCGAUGAUCUUACAGACCAUUGCGGCGAGUGGGCAGGCGAGUACGAAUUUGUCGAAUGCGUUGAAGCAUGUCAAUCGCGAAGUCGAGAGCGUGGUCGAUAACCCAAAAAUUACGCAAUACCACAACCAAUGCCGCCAACUCCGCAAACGCAUCCUCCUCUACAUCUCUUCCAUCGAAUCCGAAGAAUGGCUCGGCACCCUCAUCCACGCAAACGAAGAACUCGUCUCCGCCCUCCAACUCUACGAACGGAUGAAGAAACCCGUUCACGAAGACAGUGACUCCGAGGAUGAAGAGACCUACAUGCGUGAACGGAUGCGGAAAUUGUCCUUACCAGCGGACGGUGAGAUGCCGCCCCCGAAACCUGCUAGACCUGGUUCAACGCCGGCAAGUCCGCAGUAUAGGAAACCUCCGCCGCCGCCGCCGAUGGCGGCGAAGAAACCGGUUAUGGCGAUUGAGAUGCCGGAGAGGAAGGUUGAGAAGGCGGAUCCGAAUGAUCCAUUUGCGACGCCGAUUGAUGAUGAUGGAGUUAAGUGGGCGGAGGUGUAGGGUGUUUUGCGGUGAGGGUGACGGUAAUGGUGAUGGAGGGUGUAUGGGAUUUUGAGGGAUGUGGGACUGGUAUUUGGGCAUGAUUAGCGAUAUUUAGUAUGUAAUGUAUGUAUCCAACGUAAGCAUAAGCAAGUAAUACCGUGUACCUCCCAUUAUUUCCUCGUGUCCGUACCCGUGGGAGUUUCGCCGGUGGUAUGCCGUUGGAAUCAAUUGUUUUGAGC